AUGUGUGUACCUCUCCUUGCUAGGUUCAGCGACCACAUUGUUCAAUGCAUAGUUUACAAUCUUCCUUAUUCUGUUGUUCUAUCUCUUGCUAAUAAAGAUUCACCGCACCAGAAUGAGCUACUCAAUGCUAUGUAUAAAAAGGUUGCAUUGGUACAAGAAUCAGACCAAACACUUAAGACUUUGGAUCCCGGGACAUUGAAACAUCUAUUUCUCUUCGAGCCGAAGAAUGCAGACUAUAUCAAAAUUUCCAGCUUGGAGAUUAUUGAUAAAUUGCUUGAACUGUAUCCUAAUAUUCGUAUUCAACAACUUGAAGUAAACCACGAUCAGAUCAACCAAUUGAAGGUGCUCCCCCACAUGACCGGCAAAAUACAACGUCUGGUUCUUCGUAUAGGAAGCAGACUUUACAAUAACGACCUCAAAACUGAUACUUAUAUUGAUGUAUCUAAGAUUAUAGAAGAAGUACCGUUCGAUUUUAUUCAAAAACUUUCCUUACUUGAGAUUGAUUUGAGAGGUUUUGAACAGUCCAGAGGCAUAGCACUCAAUGCACCAAAUUUAAGCAAUUUAACUGAUCUUCAUUUAUACAAUGUGUCAGCAGAUAAAUUGAUAGACCUACCUCCGAAUUUGAAAAAUCUUGUACUUGUUGAAGAUGACAAAGAUCAUGUCAUUAAUGAACCCAUUAGUCUAACCCAUUUACACUUCUUGGUUUCAGUCAGAAUUGAAUCCAUCGACUUCAACGAACGCUUAGAGGUUCUUUAUCUACCAACUCAACUACAGAGAUUAUCUUUGCGUUCUGUCAAACUACCCAGAGGGUUUGACACGAUAUGUGAAUUGCCGAAUUUGACGUAUCUACUGUUGUCUGGGACAAUUCACGAAGAGGUUGGUGACAUCCUUUCAUGUAAUGAUAUCGAAGAGUUCGAACUACAAUUGUGGUUUCUAGAUUCGACCGAUCGUGUCCUCCAGACAUUUCCCGUACAAAAAAAUUUAAAAAGAAUGAUCUUAGGAGGAAGAUUCGAGUCGUCACUAGCACACAGCUUUGCUUCGUUAUCCUCACUAACACUUUCCCACACGACUUUGUCCAGUAUUCCUUUGUUCGAAAAUUUGAAAUACUUUCAAAUAACCCACCUGGCCUUUGAAAGGCAUAGUUUGUCUAACAGCUUCAAACAUUUAAGAAAAUUAAACGAAUUGGUUGUAAAUAAUUGUCAAUUAACGAUGGUUGAUAGCCAUUUUCCCGAUAGUCUAGAGAUUCUAGAUCUUUCUCAUAAUAGAUUGGUUAAGAUAAGUGGUGACUUACCGUUAAACUUAAAAAGAUUGAAUUUGAACCGUAAUUCAAUUUCAAGUCUAUCAGUAUUACAAAACAAAAAAUUAACUGAACUUGGCCUCUCGUGGAAUAAAAUCAGAGAACUAUCCCAUAAUACACUUUGUCUUCCUGAAAACUUGAGUUCUUUGAAUCUCACUGGAAAUGAUAUUUCUGUAAUUGACCCUAGCUUCUCCUUCCCUCCGUCCCUAUUCAUUCUUCAACUUCACGUAAAUGCCUGUAUUUCCAUGAAUUAUGUAUUCAACAUAUUACCCCAACUGCUUGUUGUCUUAAAGCUAAUUGCUCAGAAGUUAAAUGGAGGGACUGGACAAAGAAUAGAAAUUUGCUUCCAGCACCUUUGGGAUGUUCAUCUUUCGGGCAUUGGAAAUUACAAUUUCGUAUGGAGAAAUUGUCCAAACUUGAAGUAUCUCAAAUUUGAGGAAAGUGUAAUACCUAAGAUAUUCGUGGAAGACUUACCCCCAACAAUUCGAGAAUUAGAUCUUCGCAAGAAUGGUAUCCGUGAUAUUGAAGGCGACUUUAAAAUUCUCCCUCAAUUGACAAAAGUUGAUCUUGGAGAAAAUCAUUUACAGGGCUGGAAGGAACUUAAUCCAGAUAAGAUUCUUCCUUCCGUUAUGUUGGAAGAAAAUUAG